CAUCAAUCCUUGGUUCCUCUCUUUCUUGUAUUCCCUAAAGUUUACCUAACCAUGGUAUCCAACAUGCGCAAACAUCUUCCUUCGUUUGCAUCAGCUUCGUCGUGGUUCGAGGUGUACGCUACGUUCUCCACAUUCACCAUGCUCCUCAGAACUGCAUUCAAUGAUCUCAUACCCCACCAAAUUCGAUCCUUUCUUGUCUCAAAGCUAGAAGCCUUUUUCCAUAGCCAACCAAAUAAUCAAAUAUCUCUCCGAAUCAACGAAUUCUGGCACGAUCGGUAUAAUGGAAAUGAAGUUUUCCUUGCAGCGCAGGAGUAUCUCCCCACCAGGAUUACCAGCACCUACAAAUCACUCAAAGUUGGUAAACGAGAAAACGAAAAGCACCUGAAUCUCGCAGUGGAUCCAAGCCAAGAGGUGGUGGACGAGUUUGAAGGCACCAAGUUCACUUGGAAGUUGGAUGAGAAUUCAGACGAAAACUCGCGCGAUUCCUGGAAGCAAGCCUUUGUACUGACCUUCGACGAGAGGAACAGAGAGAGAGUGUUGGAUCGGUAUAUCCCACACGUCCUUAAAACAUACGAGGCCAUGAAAAGUGAGAAGAGGAUUCUGGAAAUACAUUCCAGGAGGAGUUACGGAUGGACCGACUGGGAGUUAUCUCAUCCUGCCACAUUCGACACGCUGGCCUUGGAUCCCGAGUUGAAGCAAGCUGUAGUUGAUGAUGUAGAUCGGUUCCUGAAGAGGAAGGAAUUCUACAAGAAGGUGGGAAAGCCUUGGAAACGUGGGUACUUGCUGUAUGGACCUCCGGGAACAGGAAAAUCUAGCCUCAUUGCAGCCAUUGCCAAUCACUUGAAAUUCGACGUGUAUGAUUUGGAUUUAUCUUGUAUUGCUUCUGAUUCAGACCUGAUGGAAGCCAUGAGGGAUAUAUCUGGCAGUUCCAUCUUGGUGAUUGAAGACAUAGAUUGCAACAAAGAGGUGCAUGAUCGAUCAAAACCAAAACAAGAUUCAGAUAUUGAGAAGGAGCGGGGUGAGGGUAGUGGGAAGUUUAGUCUGUCGAAUUUGCUGAAUUUCAUCGAUGGUUUAAGUUCAGGCGGUGGAGAGGGGUGGGUUAUAAUAUUCACUACUAACCACAAAGAGAAAAUAGACCCGGCGUUGCUGCGCCCUGGUCGCAUGGACAUGCACAUUCACUUGUCCUUUCUCAGAGGUAGGGCGUUUCCGAUUAUGGCUUCUAAUUAUUUGGGUAUUGAAGGACAUCAUCCUCUGGUUGAAGAGAUCAAAGGAAUGUUGGAGAAAACACAAGUCACCCCUGCAGUUGUAGGAGAGCAUCUCAUC